AUGUCCAAAGUAGAUGGGAAAAUAAAUAUUGGUGAAAAGCAUCAAGCGAAAAUACCUGACCUAGUUGUUACAGAUGAAAAUGGAAAUGAUAUAAACAGUCAUAUAGUAAAUGAUCAUCAUAUAACAGGAAAUGUAGAUAAUUACAAAAUAAAUAAAAAAGCAAAAUAUGAAGAAGAACAACAAAAUACUUUAAAUAAUAAUAUAAAUGAUGACAAGGAACAGGAAGGAAAUGAAAAUGUUAGUGUUGUAGUAGGGGAUGAUGGUACUACUGAAAAUAAACAGCAUGAACACAACAGUGAUAUUAAUGAACACGAACAAACUCCAGAAGAGGAACAAGAACAAGAACAAGAAGGAGGAGAACAAGAAGGAGAAGAACAAGAAGGAGAAGAACAAGAAGGAGAUGGAGAAGACGAAGAAGAAGAAGAAGAAAAUGAAGAAGAAGAAGAUGAAGAAGAUGAAGAAGAAGAAGACGAAGAUGAAGCUGAUGCAGAAGAGGACUCAAAUGAAGAAGCGAAUGUUGGGGAUUCACGUAACGAAACUAAUACAGACGAUUCGCACGAUGAAACAAAUACAGAAAAUGAUACGCAUGAUAAUAACGCCAAUGCAGAUGAUGCACAUGAAGAGGAGAAGGGGGAACACGCUGAAUAA